AUGGCGCCGCAGGCAUCGCAGCUGCCGACCAAAUUCCCCUGCUGGUGUCGAGCGGUAUACUCCUGGGGGGGUGAAACAAAACAGGACUUGGGGUUUAUUGAAGGCGAUCUUAUCGAAUGUCUUAACGCCGGAGACGGGUCAUGGUGGACUGGUCGAUUACGGCGCGACAGGCGCAUGGUUGGCGUGUUUCCCUCGAACUUCGUCAAGGUACUAGAAGAUGAUUUUGUGCCGGCUACACGCUCCGUGAGCCCACUGCCGCCGGUGAAGGAUAGCCCUUCCAAAGCUCCGCUGUAUGCGCCCAAGAAGGAGAAGACAAUCUUCCGGAAACCGUUCCAAGGGUACAAACAUGUCCUGGGGCCGUCUGCUGAGCUGGCGAAGAAGAAUGCCGAAAAGGAGACGGAUGCACCGACUGUGCCUGAACCAGUUCCACGAGGACGCAAGUCCGUCGUCAAUAGGACUCCUCGACGCAAAUCUACGUCUCGCGUUCAGCCGCGAGCGGCCUCUCCUACACCACCAGCACGGCAACCUACCCCCCUACCCAUGCGGCACGCGGCAUCCCAACCUGAAAGACAGCCCACACCAGAGCCUCAGAGGGAGCCUACUCCGCAGUUAAAACGGCAGCCUACGCCACAGCUUGCGCUAAUACCUGCACAUCCACCGCCUAUGACGAUGGCUGCUGAGUCUCGUGAGGUUGAACCAGAAGCCUCACCUCCUCCGCCCCCCCCUCCGCCACAUAGAAUUGCAGUUCGAAGGCAGCCAUCCUAUGUGCGUCCUGCAUCUCCUAUGCGUGACCAUUAUCAACAAGCAAACUAUGACUACAGGGAGGCCUCCAGAACCCCCUCCCCUUAUCCACCCUCACCAGGAGCUCACCACCGCCAUACCCCUUCUCCGCUGCGAGAUGCCAUGGAAGAUGUAAUGUCUUCCUUACAGGGAAUGGGGAUGCCACACGACCCGCACUCAUCGGAACCACAACGGGCCCAUUCCCCAUUCAAUCCUUGGUCGCCGGCUGCGUUCGAUGAUCUACGGAAUCCCCAGAACCAAUUCAGCGGCCGGCCUUCUACUUCGUUGGGGCUAGGGAACAGCCAGUUCAGUCGUCGUGGUAGCCACUUCUCCCAUAAAUCAUCAGAGAGCUUCCAUGACCGCUUCCAAGACGGUCCUCCUCAGCUUGGCAACUAUGUUCAACGAAUGGAGUCUCGCUUGAGGCAGCUGCAUAGCCAAGAAGAAGGCUCUGACAGAGGAAAUCCCAUGCUUAUCGAGGAUGAUGACAACCCCCCUCCGCCUCCCCCAAGACGAGGAGAGUAUAAUUAUUCGCCUUCACAGCAAAUAUUGACAAGACCGCGCGGCUCUACUUAUGACAUGGGACGUGAUGCCCUGGGACGGACAUUUACCACGCGAUCCAUUGCCACGAAUUCAUCCUCCGGAGUUCAGAGCAAUACCACAAACAGCACCACGAGCACUAACUUUACCCAAUCAAGUCUCAUGAGUGGUACGUCUGCAGGAGGAUUUAGUGCUACCAGUGCUGGUAGUUUUGCAAAGCGCAAUCAUCAAACAUCGCCAUUGCGACACGGAAUGUUUAGAUCCUUUGAUGGUACCAGGUCAGGGGGGUUUACUGGUUUUGGUGACGGUGUCGCUAGUGAACAGAGGCCUUACACCCCCAUGGCACCGCAAUCUGGGAGUUAUCCUCAUCUGCCUCAAGAUGACUCUAGACAAGGGGCGACUUCUGCUGUCGGAUGGACAGAAUACAACAAACAUGGGGAGUCGCCUGGCAUAUUUGGGGGCCUUACAACCCCCAAGUCGAAGAAGACCGGAUUCUUAAAAAAGAUGAUCGAAUCUGCGAAAACAGGAGCUGCCACAGCACGAAGUAGCAUUGCAACGGCUCAGCAUAACCGCUCGUUAUCUCCAACUAAAGGGCUCCUUUCGGGCAGUUUAGCAAGCUUCUCGCCACCAAAGGAGAAUAAGGACGCCGAUACUGGCCUAGGAACUAAUGACUGGGUACAAGUGCGAAGAGAUGUUAAUCGCGCGACUUCCCCCAGCCGGAACGAGUUGGUGGAGAGAGCUGAGCGUUGCCAGAUGAUGGAUUACCCCGUUAUAUACGCCGUCGAAGAAUUGUAUGAAUGUGCUGAAGGUGAUGAAGGUCUCGAUGGGCUACCAGUAACGGAGCCCACCAAUUGGGCAGCAGUCAAUCUGCAGCUUGUGGAUAAGAGCUCCCGAUUUAUCAACAGUUUGCCUCCAACGACAAGCCCGGCAAGUUUAGCUCAAGGAUUCGUCUGUCGACCCCAUCGGAGCGAUGUCCAACGUUUGCGAGCUAUAUUCACGUGGGUUGCGGAGAAAAUUGUUUGGGAUGAGGAAAUCGAAGAGGAAGUCGAUGUACGGAGAGUCAUCCAAAUGAAGCGAGGCAGCCCUCGAGAGGUAGCCGUUCUGGUGAUGGAGAUGUGUGAUGCAGUUGGCCUGCAUGCUGAGAUUGUCCAAGGGUACCUGAAAACACCUGGGGAACAGUUAGAAUUGGACAGCUAUACUCGCGUCAACCACUGGUGGAACAACGUGCUCAUUGAUGGCGAGUGGAGGGUUAUGGAUUGCUCCCUUGCUAGCCCAACUCAUCCACAAAGAGCUCUCUAUUCAAGCUUCAAUCCACAGGCCGCGGAGACGUGGUAUUUCCUUGCUCGCCCAAUGGAGAUAUGCUACACGCACAUACCCCUUGCGCCUGAACAUCAGCAUAUAUGCCCUCCGAUUAGCCCUGAUGUCCUUCUUGCACUACCGUGUGCUUGUCCUGCCUAUUUCAAGAAUAAUCUUCAUAUGCCGACCUACGACACUAGCCUUGUUCGGCUAACGGAUUUAGAAAUGUUACAGGUUCGGGUUCUUGUCCCACCUGAUGUCGAGUGCAUUGCAGAGGUGGAGGCCAUUGCUUUUGCCCGGGAUGCGGAUGGAGAUUGUUUCGAGAGCGGUGAUAUUGUCACAAAACGCGCACUUGCUCAACCAGAUUGGGUGCAGGGCCAGAAACGAUUUACUAUCAAGGCAGCACUCCCUGGUGAUGAGGGACAAGGCGUCCUCAAAGUUUACGCUGGGAAGAAAGGACUUAUGCAUUCCGUCAAGGAUAUACCCCAUGCUCUUGCUUUUGCUCUACCAAUCACACAUACGGGAGAAAACCCUCCCUACGAGUUUGUUCUUCGUCAUCCCACUCCUCAUGCUCAAAGACACGAUUUAUACGUCAUACAACCCCAAUGCGCGAGACUUACCAUUAAUAAUACUUUCGUUUUUGCGGUACGUCAGCACGCUUCAUCCCCUCCAUCAUCUUCCAAAACCGAGGAGCCUAGCGGGCGGCUUUCCCCUAAUCCUUUCGCACGACCAUCCAGCGCGCUGAGCAUGGUGUCCUCCGUUGCUACUAUAUCAAAUGCUUCAACCACCUCUUCAACGGUUUCAAGCAAUUAUAAACAGCAAAACUCUCGAGAAAAGCCGGCAAAAUUGGCUAUACAGACUCCAUCCGGGAAGAUCUUGAGACUUAGUCGAAAAGCAGACCAUAUGAUUACGACAAGCUCCGGCGGGGAUUCCGGAUUCGAUGGUCCCCCAGACGGGAGCGUUUGGGAGACAGUUAUCAAAGUUAGCGAACGUGGCGUUUGGAGAGGCCUUGUCCUCGCUGACCGUACCGCAAGAUGGUGCGUCUGGGGCGAGUGGGAGUGCUUUUGA